AGCCCAUCCCAUCCCAGCCCAGCCCAUCCGGCCCACUAUUAAACUCGGAAUAUGUCCACCCUAAACUGAAUCUAAACAGCUAUCAUAUCAGUGUGAAGAAGAGGAAAGCGAAGUUGAGGUGAGGAUAGGAGAGAAAUGUUCGGGACAGUGAUUAGAUGUUUAGCGAAGAAAUCGAAGCCGAAGAUGGGACCCACAGUCCUCAAAACACCGCCGGAGCAGAGGAACACAAUCACUAGGGUCCUCUUUGAUGUCGUGAAGGAACAUGGUCCCAUCACUGUUCCUAAUGUCUGGGAACGUGUUAAGGAGGUUGGAUUGAAAGAUUUGACGAGCAAGAAUCAUAUGAAAAUAGUGUUGAGAUGGAUGAGAGAGAGACAGAAGCUUCGACUUGUUUGCAACCAUGUAGGGGCUCAUAAGCAGUUCCUCUAUACCACUUGGUUUACCAAGCCCAGUACCCCUCAGGCAACAGUAGGAACCAUUCCUUCAAAGCAGAAGCUCUCUUGAAAGUUUUUAUGUUUAUGAUCAGUAGCCAGGUGGAUGGAUAAGAUGUUUUGUACAAUGGGAAGAAUAAUGUAGACUAUAAUAUAAUUUUAGUACCACUGAUGGAGAAUCUAAAUUUUGGUGGGUUGAAUUACAUUUGUUCUUCCUGA